ACCAUGCCAGGCAGUCCAUCAACGCAGAUGACGCGGCCCUCCUCACAAAAUCGUUGAACGAAGCCUCAAGGGCUGAGCGCAGCAACCUCCUGUUGCGAGUCACGGUUGGCAGCCAAUGCAUUUCACCGCUGUUUUGGGCUUUGAGGAGCGGUGCCCACACGGCUGCAAAGACCAUGCUCGAGGAUAUGCUUACAAUCCGGGCGGACAGGGAUCGGUACUACUACGGCGUUAACGACAUUUUCAGGCUCCAACCUGAUGUCAUUGAAGACAUUCUGCUCGAAGCACCGCUGCUCUCAGUGACGCUGCUGAAUGGGCUGAUUUGGAGAUCUCACAAGACCAAGGACGGCAUGCGGCCAGUGAUUUACUACGUGGAGCAUUUGGUGAAGGAUAUGGACGAGACCAAGACAUUCUCAAGGGCCUUAAUCAGCUUCAUAAAGUAUAACAAUCCAAAGACCAUAAUGCAUCCUAUCUUGGUCUUUGUUUUAGAGGUUUUGUGGGUGAACUUGGCCAAACGGUCCUUCUUCCUGGACCGCGUCCUGACAAUGGUCAGUUUCGUGGUUUUUCUCUUGGCCACCUGUUUCCUGACUCAGCCAGCUUUGCAAGAAAACCCGACGGCUGAAACAAGUCUCGCUGUCGCUCGCAUCUUGGUUUAUUCCUUGGGCUUCGUGCGGCUGCUCUAUUGGCACACAAGCGAGAUAUUCAGGUCUUAUCGCCAGAAGGACACUGAAAAGGCCUUUGCUUUGCGCCUUCCACGCUACUUGGUGGCCGGCGGUCCAGAGCUCUUCAGCUUCUUUCUCAUGCUCAAUAUGAUCGCCAUGAUGGCUGUGGAGCCAUUGUUCCAUUGCCUUGGGAUGAAGGGGACUAUAUCCUACACCUGCGAGGCUUGGACUGAUGCAAUGAGUCUUGCUUACGAGAUGCUGGUGGUGUUGGGUAUUUUCUUGUAUGCCAUCAUUGUGGCGGACAUCGCCAAUAUUUCCAUCCAGCUGUGCGAAUUCAAAGUCCUUUGCUCACAUGCCUUCAAGCAGGUGGUGCUUUGCCUCGGGGCGGUCACUUGCGUCUUGACCAUUUUCGCCUUUGCCAUCUCCAGCAUGACCCGCGAGGCCACGCUCUUGACAAGCAAAGAGUUUGCUGGCAUGGGAUGCACAAUGACCUCCUUGGUGCAACUGGCAGUGGGCAUCAUGGACAUGGAGAAGAUCGGCAGCAUUUCUGGUGAAAGUCCAUAUUUUCUUGUUGUUCUUGUGGCUUACAUGCUUGUUGUCUACAGCUUCUUCUUUAACCUCCUGGUGUCGCAGUUCUGCGGUAUCUACACCGCUCUCGCAGCAGACAUUCAAGGAUACGCAAUGCUUGCCAGGGGAGAAGUCAUCCUGGACACUCUCAAGGCGAUUCCCAUGAAACGGUGGCAACAUUUCAUAACGUCGUUGCGGCUGGACCAGCGCGUCGAUUUUGAAGAAGGUGAUAUUGGCCUUCCAGGAGGCAUCAAAACAUGGGAGCCAUCAUUGGCGCAUCCCACUACCCAGGA